AUAAUGAAGAUAUAAACCGCUGGGUCACUCAAAUAUGUACUAAAAUACAAAUAUUUACUAGUUUUGUUUGGUUGUAAAGUUGGUGCCCCUGCACCCCGCGGCAAACAGCCGUCAUCUGUCAAUGACGUAACCCCACUUUCACUAACCUCAAUGUGCCCCAAACUUUUGCCUCCUAAUGAAUCCUGACGCCUUAUUAGCACUCGUUAAGUGACCAUGUUCGUCUUAAUCCUGCUCUUAUCUCUAGCCCAAACGAAUUGUGAUAAUUACACCAGUAUUAACCUCCCAGAUGGCCAUUUACCGUACUACUUUUCAAGCUUUCCGAAAAUCGCUCAAAAAUGCGCGUCCGACCCGGAGUGCCCCUUUCAGUCGUCUCUUGAAACGAAGAAGUGCUGGGGCUACGAGUACGACUGCGACGAAGAGCGUCGUUACUCCAGCCCCCGGUGUCCCGGUGACCAUAAGGGCUGGGUCAGGACCAAAGCCGACCAAAUCGGCACCUUUUACACUCAGGCGGAUUUCGGCUUCAUUAAGCAACAAAUACGAGAGAUGAAAUUGCUGUGUGAGCCCCUUUUCGCCGAUGAUAGUUCGCUGGAGUGUUCAGAACACUUGAGGUUCUGUCGGGGGCGCAAUCUCAUGUUGAAUUUUACUGACUUGCGGACGCGCGAGGACCCCAUUCGGUAUAAAAUGGACGUUUUGAAACAAGGCCAAAUCGGGGGUUAUUGCGAUUUUAAACACAAAGAAUUAGAAGAGCAAGCGGAUCAUAUUAGUCCGUUGCAGAGUUGGGGCCCGGAAAUGCGCUACUUCAGUAGAUUAACCCGCAGACCUAUAAUAGAGGGCGACUGUGACGUAGUCAUCGAAAAACCGACUUUCAUUAUGAAAAUAGACGCCACAGUCAAUAUGUACCACCAUUUUUGCGAUUUUUUCAACUUGUAUGCGUCGCUUCACGUCAAUGCCACCCAAUGGGACACUUUCUCCACCGACGUACACAUUCUAGUCUGGGAAAGCUACACGUACCGGUCGGCUUUCCAGGACGCGUGGGAAGCCUUCACGGAUCACCCCAUAUGGGACCUGAAGACGUUCAGAGGCGAAACGGUUUGUUUCAAAAACGUGGUUUUCCCGCUUCUCCCGCGGAUGAUUUUCGGGUUGUAUUACAACACUCCCAUCAUCUACGGGUGCGAAAAUAGCGGUUUAUUCCACGCUUUUUCGGAGCACGUUUUACACAGGCUCAAAAUCCCGUUUCACACUAGGGAGAAUAAAAAAAUUAGGAUCACGCUUCUGGCUAGAGACACUAAAUACAGGAGAAUUUUGAACGAGAACGAACUCGUGGAGGCCAUCGCCGAAAACCCGAAUUAUGAAGUGGAGAAGGUUGUUUACAAUAGGGAGAUUGGGUUUAAGAAGCAGAUGGAGAUUACCAGGAAUUCGGAUGUGUUGAUUGGGAUACACGGGGCUGGGUUGACCCAUUUGAUGUUUUUACCAGAUUGGGGGGCUGUGUUUGAAUUGUAUAAUUGCGAGGAUCAUAAUUGUUAUUUGGAUUUGGCGCGGCUGAGGGGCGUGAAGUACGUCACGUGGGAGAAGUUUGAUAAGUUGCAGUCAGAGGAGGAUGGAACCCAUGAUGGAGGGGCCCAUGCAAAGUUCGCAAACUAUGUUUUCGACGUCAAAGAGUUUGUCCGGCUUGUGGGUAAAGCGGCACAACACGUAAAAAGUCACCCAGAAUUUGUAAAGCUUGUAGCUGAUGUGGAUCUCAACGACGAUAUUAACCAUGACGAAUUAUAACGAAUUUAACCGUUACUAAUGUGAUGUUUUAUAUGUGAAUUUAUUUGUGACUAAAAUGAGACUUAAUUUUUUAUACAUUUUUUUACAUAAAUUAUUUUUUAACUUUGUAAAAAUACUCAAAAUGUGGAACACAAUAAACAUCUACAAUUUUAA